AUGAAGUUACAAUCCAGAACUGUUACUCUAUCACUAUUGGUGAUUGGUUUCUUCUUCUUCUUUUGUUCUCCUAUAUCUAGAGGAGGAGUUGAUGCAUCCACUUUGAAUCAUAUUACUCUUGGUCUCGAAGAUAACCUUAAACACAUUCAAGUGAAUAGAGGUGACAUCAUCCAAGUACGACUCGAUCAAAUCAAUGGACGAGUUAAAUACUCUGCACCAGAGUCUGAUGGAUUAACCGUAUUGUCUAGUCAAUCACAAAGCGAUUUCGUUGAAACCGUAUUCAGAGCCGAUCAUGGUCCAAGAUCCUAUUACAUUGAUUCUAUUGGAACUUGUGCUCCUCCCAGACUAUGUAUUUUCGAGUACUCUGUUACCGUCAAUGUUAAUUAA